CUCCACCCGUCACGGGCCACAACAAGACAACGCCAAUGCCUCCCCUGCUGGAAUCCAUUAUAUAACCUCCAAGAAAGGAAGCAAGAGACACUGAGGAGGAGAGCCCCGGAGGCCAUUGGAGGAGCCAUGGUUUCGACGGCAAGGCCAUCAAAAUCCCACCUUGGGGCUCCCCUGUUCUGGCUCUCCCUCCUCCUCUGUUUUCUGGGUUUUACCGGGGUUUUGGCCCAGACGCCCAUCUUCGCUUGCGACACUGCGUCGAAUGCGAGCCUGGCGAGCUUCGGGUUCUGCAACACGUCGUGGGGGAUAGAGGCGAGGGUGGGGGACUUGGUGAAGAGGCUCACAUUGGAGGAAAAGGUGGGAUUUUUGGUCAACAAGGCGGCGGCGGUGAGUAGACUUGGGAUCCCGAGCUACGAGUGGUGGUCAGAGGCGUUGCACGGGGUCUCCUACGUCGGGCCCGGCACACAUUUCUCCAGCCUGGUUCCAGGGGCAACCAGCUUCCCCCAGGUUAUUCUCACCGCGGCUUCGUUCAAUACUACCUUGUUUGAAACCAUUGGAAAGGUGGUAUCAACAGAAGCCAGGGCAAUGCACAAUGUGGGUCUAGCAGGACUAACAUUUUGGAGUCCAAAUGUCAAUAUAUUUCGAGAUCCUCGAUGGGGAAGAGGACAGGAGACGCCCGGAGAAGAUCCUGUGCUUGCAAGCAAGUAUGCUGCUGGUUAUGUGAAGGGCUUGCAGCAGGCCAAAGAUCCAGACCGGCUUAAAGUCGCUGCUUGCUGCAAGCAUUACACUGCCUAUGACCUCGAUAACUGGAAAGGAAUCCAGCGCUACACCUUCAAUGCUGUGGUCACAAAGCAAGACUUGGAUGAUACCUUUCAGCCUCCAUUCAAGAGCUGUGUGACUGAGGGGAAUGUGGCCAGUGUCAUGUGCUCAUACAACCAAGUCAAUGGUGUCCCCACAUGUGCAGACCCAGAUCUCCUGGCUGGAACCAUCAGAGGAGACUGGAAACUUAAUGGCUAUAUUGUCUCUGAUUGCGACUCGGUCGAUGUGCUCUACAACCAGCAGCACUACACCAAAACUCCCGAGGAUGCUGCAGCUGUAACUAUCUUGGCAGGUCUGGAUCUCAAUUGCGGGUCGUUUUUGGGGCAGCACACGCAGGCCGCAGUGAAGGCCGGGAAGCUCAAGGAGAGCGACGUGGACAAGGCCAUCACCAGCAAUUUCGUGGUUCUGAUGCGUCUAGGCUUCUUCGAUGGUGAUCCACGGAAGCUGGAAUUCGGGAAGCUGGGCCCUAAGGACGUGUGUACCGCGGAGCACCAGGAGCUGGCCCGCGAGGCCGCGAGACAAGGUAUCGUGCUUCUCAAGAACGACGACGACGCCCUGCCCCUCGACCCCAAAUCCGUCGCUUUCAUGGCUGUGAUCGGCCCCAACGCCAACGUCACCAAGACCAUGAUCGGCAACUACGAAGGUACCCCAUGCAAGUAUACAACGCCUCUCCAGGGGCUAAAAGCUGUUGUUUCCACGGUGUACCAGCCAGGAUGCACCAAUGUGGGGUGCGCUGGCAACAGCCUCCAAUUGGAUGCAGCCAAGGCGGCGGCGGCGAAAGCUGAUGUCACCGUCUUGGUUGUAGGUGCCGAUCAAUCGAUCGAGAGGGAGGGCUUCGAUCGGGUGAGCCUGCUCCUCCCCGGGCAGCAGACAACCCUUGUAACAGAGAUAGCAAAGGCAGCGAAGGGCAAGGUGAUCCUCGUGAUCAUGUCUGGUGGUCCCUUCGACAUAUCGUUCGCGAAAUCUGAUGAUCGAAUUUCGAGCAUCCUCUGGGUCGGAUACCCUGGCGAAGCUGGCGGUGCUGCCCUAGCCGACAUCAUCUUUGGCUAUUACAAUCCAUGUGGGAGGUUGCCUGUGACAUGGUAUCCUCAGUCAUUUGCAGACAAGGUCCCGAUGACCGACAUGCGCAUGAGGCCUGACCCAUCGACCGGCUACCCUGGACGGACUUACCGGUUCUAUACAGGCGAUGUGAUAUACUCUUUCGGCGACGGUUUGAGCUACAAUGACUUCACCCACCACCUAGUUCAAGCGCCAAAGCUAGUAUCGAUCCCCCUUGAAGAGGGGCACUCAUGCUACUCCAAGAGGUGCAAGUCGGUCGAUCUCGUCGGAAGUCGAUGCCAGAAUGCAGCCUUCGACAUCCAUCUGAGAGUUCAGAACCCCGGUCGCAUGGCCGGGAGCCACACUGUCUUCCUUUUCUCAACUCCACCUUCAGUGCACAAUUCUCCCCAGAAGCACUUGCUUGGAUUUGAGAAGAUCUACUUGGGCCCCAAAGGGGUGGGCUAUGUUGUGUUCAACGUUGAUGUUUGCAAGGAUUUGAGCCUCGUGGAUGAGCUUGGGAACAGAAUGGUGGCCUUGGGGUCUCAUGUCCUUCAUGUGGGGAGUUUGAAGCAUUCGCUUAGAGUGAGGGUUUAGGACCCAAUGGGCUUCAACAAAAGGUCCUUUUUAGUGGCAGGAGGUCCAAUAAGUGCUUCCAAAGGGAAAAUUGGGUUCCAUGGAAGCUGGUUUGGGAUAAUUGCAGCCAUUUCAAUUUCUUCAAGGGAUUGUAAGUUGAGUCCAUUUUCUAGGAUUAAAUUGAAAAUUAAAAUUGCCUUUCUCUUCUAAUA